AUGCGCGACGUCCAGGACGCGUCCCCAUCGACGCGCGUCGCCGAGAUGCCGUCGAAACACUGCGUGCUCAUGCUCAGUGACUUUUUCCUUCCGACGAUCGGCGGCGUCGAGCUCCACAUCCACGCCCUGGCAUCGCGGCUUCGCGCCCGGGGACACAAAGUGGUCGUCUUCACGCACGCCCAGCCCGGACGCGAGGGCGUCGUACGGUGGCUCGCUGGUGGGAUCAAGGUGUAUCACGUCCCGCGCGUGGUCUUGUACGACAACUGCACGUUUCCAAGCUUUAUGGGUAAUUUUAAAUUGUUUAGAAAGGUGUGCAUUCGAGAGGGCGUCACCAUUGUGCACGCGCACCAAGGGUGCACGAUGAUGCACGAGGGAAUUUUGUACGCGCGCACGAUGGGAAUGAAGUGCGUGUUCACCGAUCACUCGCUGUUUGGAUUCGCUGACGUCGGAGCGAUUCACAUGAAUAAGCUGUUAGACAUGACGCUGUCGGAUACGCAGCACGUGAUUUGCGUCAGUCACACGGCAAAGGAGAAUACAAUUUUGCGCAGUGGAUACUUGCUCGGCGACGAGCCUGGUUUAGCACCGGAUCGCGUUAGUGUGAUUCCUAACGCCGUGGACGCCGCGCGAUUUAGACCAGAUCUCUCGAAGCGGACGAAGGGGCGGAUCACCGUGGUCGUCACGUCGAGAUUGAUGUACAGAAAGGGCGUGCACUUACUGGCGGGCGUCAUUCCUUUUGCGUGCGCGAGGCACAAAAAUUUAGAUUUUCUCAUCGCGGGCGACGGAUCGAUGCGACAGCAUCUCGAAAAAGUCAUCGAUGAUGAAAAUUUGAGAGGGCGCGUCACCCUUCUCGGACACGUGCCGCACGAACGUGUCCCCGAGGUGCUUCGUCGAGGCGACGUGUUCCUCAACGCAUCGCUCACAGAAUCCUUCUGCAUUGCGAUCCUCGAGGCGGCUUCGUGCGGUAAUCUCGUCGUUGCUACCGCCGUCGGGGGAGUUCCGGAAGUUCUACCGGAUGAUGUGAUGUUCUUGGCCAAGCCAGACGUGGAAUCCAUCCUGGACGCCUUGGAGGAUUGCCUCGAUGCGCUCCCACACGCCGAUCCGUGGAAGCUUCACACGCGCGUCUCUGAGCUGUACAACUGGGAUGACGUCGCCCGCCGCGUCGAGAUCGCGUAUGGGCGCGCGUAUGAGACGUACGAUACGUUCAUGGGUCGUUUAUAUAGGAUAUACCGCCGUGGUAUUAUUUUCGGUAAGAUGUUAUGGUGCGUCUCCGUCGUGAGCUACUUGUGGUGGCGCGCGCUGCAGUGGCUCGAGCCCGAGUUUACGAUCGAGCGCGCACUCGAGCUCGCCGACGAGAACGAUGCGGAGGAAUAG